AUGCUUCGAAAUGCAAAGAUAUUUCCGCAACCCACCGCAAAGGUGAAGAGUCGUCUGGAAAAUGGCCAUAACCCAACAGAUUUGUUUGGCCGAUUACCCCUUGAGACCCGCGAAGAGAUCGCAAUGAUAAUGUGUAUCCGGGACUUUUUGAACCUCCGUCUGGUCUCACGAGCGAUGAGCGCGGUCUUCCAUGACAGCCACUUCUGGAGGUCUCGGUUCAGGGAAGCAGGGGACCGAUGGUUUAUAGACACUGAUGCUUGGCAUGGUGGGAAAGGCCAGGAUACCGACUGGCGGCUUCUAUACCACGCUACAUCAAGGUUCGCAGAUAGGUCCGAGACCACAAGCAAGGUAUGGGAAGUGGUGCGCUGGAUGAAAGAGACUAUUGCCGCGAAGAAAGGCCUACGGCUACCACCUUUGGACUUUUCCGGGCGGGCCUUGCAACAUUACCACGGAGACUCAUCUGCCGAGGGAAGACGGAUCGAAAGAGCCCAGGUCUUGCCCAAUCUCACCGCGAUUGGAGUCACGUUUGUCACUGGCAACUCCACGGGUAAAGACUCAGAAUGGCUCAUGUCAGAGAUCGUCGCACUGGAGCUGAUUACCAACGGUCCUCGAAGUGACACUAUAAUUCUUGGCUGCCCGAGGAAAAAGGCGAAGACUCUUACAUCCCUUGGGAUGCAACGCAAAAUGGCCAUGUACCGUAACUCCGGCAGGAGGAAAUAUCGAAAGCAGCCGCCCGAGUGCCCAUUCACCGGCAAGGUUGUCCGUGUUAUGUUAGAGGCCAGGGGUUUCAUGGGUUUCCGGAUCGAAUACUUCGUCGAGAAGAUCUCGUCUAUAGGCGUGUGGAGGAAGGGCGACCUUGGAAGUUUGAACGAACCACAGACAUUUGGCAUAGAGGACUACGACAGGUGUGUGUUUGAUAUGGUCUUGGAAGACGUGCUUGAGGUCGUUGCGACGUUCGAGGGUCAGGCGUUGGUAGACUUGGGUAUCAGAGGGCAUCGCCCACUCCCAGUUGAAUGA